CCCCCCCUCACGUCAAACUAACUAAUUGAUUUAUACCCCCAAACAUUAGUAAGCGAACUUAUACCAACUUUCUAUGCGACGCAAUCUACAGUGCUGUGAACUUUUUUAAACUGAACUACUCAAAGUUUAUGACUUUUAAGUGUAUUUAAGCUUGUAAAAGUUUUAUUUUCCUAUGUUUUUAUUAAUGUUCGAGCCGGAGGGGCACGAAUGUGUCAUAGUGAAAUGACACUGGAUGAAUGAUGCGAUCUCGCUUGGUGAGGUGAUCGUAAUGGGGUACAUAGCGAGCGGAGUAAAACCCGCUUUAUGGCUAUCUCUUCUACAUGGCUUCCUUUUCCUCAUCGCUGAUUCCGGCACCGAAUCACCACAAGAGCACUCAACAAUGGACGUCUCUUCACGUCACUUCAGGGCAGAAUUUCUUCAAGAAUGGCAAGGAUCGCCAGACGCACCUUACUUCGACCCAAGUACGCCAAGAAAUAUCACCGGACUGGUUGGCCACCCAGUUCGACUGUUGUGCAGAGUAAAAAACCUGCAGAAUAGAACGGUAUCAUGGGUGCGUCAUCGCGACAUCCACUUAUUAACGGUGGGUCGCUACACGUACACCUCGGACCAGCGCUUCGAGGCGCAGCACAAGCCGCGCUCCGAGGAGUGGGCGCUGCGCAUCCGUAGCCCCCAGCGCCGCGACUCCGGCCAGUACGAGUGCCAGAUAUCCACCACACCACCUAUAGGACACGCUGUCUUCCUUAAUAUCGUAGAACCAGAAACGAUAAUAUCAAGUGGUCCGGAGCUGUUCAUUCAAGCUGGCUCCACCAUCAACCUGACCUGUACCGUGCGUCACACUCCUGAGCCACCCAGCUCCAUCACCUGGACGCACGGAGAACAGGUAAUAAACUUUGACUCUGCACGGGGAGGGAUAUCACUGGUGACUGAAAAAGGUUUGAAGAGUACCAGCCGACUCUUGGUGCAGCGAGCAACGGGCUCCGACGCUGGAGUAUACACAUGUGGACCAAAUAAUGCUCCCUCAGCAGCUACAAGGGUCCACGUACUGUCUGGUGAGCACCCAGCGGCGAUGCAACAAGGAUGUGCUAAAUCAACGCUAGAUAAAACAGCCUCGAUCCUAUGCUGCUUGUUAACAAUUUACGUAUUAAGAAAACCUUCGUUCAACGACCUACAAUUCGGCACUUGAAUGUAAAAAAAAACAUAUUUAAUGAACCAUAAACUGAGUCAAUAAUUCGUAUCGUAAUUUUAUUGCUUGAGAGUAAAAGAAGCGUGAUUUAAUAAGGAAAAGGGAUAAGGCAAAUGUGUACUUUUCGGUGCCUAAAAAAACUUUGUUAAAAAGUCACGACGUCUUGUGUAUAGACGAACUUUUCGG